GACACUAUCGGAAUCGCUAACAAGAUCCCGCGAGGUACGUGGAAUUUGGGCCACGUCCUGGAGGAAAAGAUUCGCCCAAACAACGCCGUGGACGGGGCAGAGGCGAGAUGGUGCCACGUGACUGCCAAUAUAUUCUGUUACCUAAAUCGGCCAGCGCGUCAAGCUGGUAGCAGUGUGCAAUCGAUCGAAACCAACUGCCAAUCCUCCUCCCUGCAGUCUUGUCACCUUAGUACCUGGCUGCCAUUGAGUGAGUUACAGGAUAGAGAGGCUUCCAUACAGCCAACAGUCUAGUCCAGAAAAUCCAAAGCUGCCCAUGUCUCCCGUUCAAAGACCACGCAAUGAGUGAAGACGAAGAAGACAAUUUUCAAUACCGAAUCCUUAGCCAGCAGGGCGGCGCCAAGGUUGACGAAAUUGUCCCUGGCGUUGUUCGGAAGACCGGGUACCGUGUUACGCGUGGCGAAGAAGCAGCUCUUCGCCUUGUGAAGGAGCAUACCGAAGUUCCUGUCCCUGGGCUAAUCUUGUCAAACUACUUCAUGAAAAAUGGGCGGGAACAUGGUACUCUGCUUAUGGAGCUUGCCGACGGCUCUCUUCUUGACUCGCUAUGGGACGGAUUUGACGAUGAUACAAAGGAGCGCAUCUGUCGCCACAUUUGGCAGGUGGUUGUACGACUGCAGCAAAUUCCACGUCCACCGGCCUUCGCUGACCUAUAUCUGUGCGGAGCUGACGGUUCUCCAACUAUCGACGUACUAAUUCGGGACAUUAACGAAACCGGUACCCCCAUCUUGACGGAUGAAGCUUUGCGAGCCCGUAUAUAUCAACGAUACCUCCACUUUAACGGCGGAUCGUAUCCGGAAUACCUUCCGGAUAUGCUUCCUCGUUCAUCUACCUCCGUAUUCACCCAUGGCGACCUGACUCCGCGGAAUAUCCUGGUUAACGGUACUGGUCAGAUAACUGCUAUUUUGGACUGGGAGAGAGCCGGCUGGUACCCGGAAUAUUGGGAAUUCGCGAAUAUGAUGAAACCCUCUAAUGAUUGGGACUGGAUGAGGUGGAUGGACCGUACAAAGCCUGUCGAGUGGGAUAUUACAGGCAUUGCGAAGGCAAGGCGGGUACUUUUCUAGGCGGGUUCCUUUCUGGGCCCUCAAACAGGGAGGGAGUCAUUAGGGGCACAUGAUUCCCAGGAUAUGGCUUGAUUG